GACUCCCACUCUUUCUCCUACCUUUUUCCCUCUCUCUCCUCCUAACCCACUGAUAGACUCCACUGGGGCGGGCAAAAGAACGAGACCUGCAAUCAGCUUCUGGGGCUCGAACGUGCCGGUUGUCGUUCCAGUUUCUCGAUCCGCUUCCCUACCCAGUAUUUUACUUUUUUACCUUUUUUUCUCUUUCCCUACCCUGUCUCUGGCUAUCCAGCAGCCCAAAUUCUCCAUAGGAUUACAUUUACCUACCCUUUUCCAUCCGUCCACCCAUACCUUCUUCCCUUCACACCUCGGGUGUUCUUCUUGUCCUCACUCUCCACCUACCCGACUCGAGACUCGAGCAAAUAUACAAACCACCUCCCUCCCGCUUCCUCCCGCUGCCGUCCGCGACUCGCCUGGUUUUUCACGUUCUCGUUUGUGUUUUCAAACUUGCAGCGACAUCAUCUACUUCAGCCAUCGUCUCUUCUCGAAACCAUCGUCACUGACCCUCACGCGUGUGUACCCUCAGUCCAAGCCAGCGCCAGCCAAUUUUGCUCUUCCGUUUCGCCCUACCUGAUCUACGACUCCUCCGCCUUUUCCACUGGCGAAUCCCCCGCGCAUCGCUCCAGUCACCGCCUUUGUUUCUUGGGACGCCACCGCGCUAGGUCCUGAGCCACCAAAAACCUGCACGGUACAACCAACGGCCUGGUGUGGGAGGAAUAAGAAAAAGGGACCGUCAUCCUCCCGGACAAAACAGCCCCCUCUCCGUCCUGCGUAGCUGUCGCUCCGAUUACCGACUCUUUGGUCCACGAUCUACGACCUGCUGCUAUCACCUCCAUCUUAUCCACCUACAACAGCAAUAACGAAACCAACACCAACACCACAUCUGACGACCUCAGCUUCCCCUUGGAUACUUAUGAUCGAUCUUGCUCGCCUCUGUACUGAAUUAGCGGCGACCAGGAACUAACGUUCCUCAAUUUCGCCCAAAAACCUCUACGAUGGCAGUCGUUUUAUCUUCAGAGGAGAAUACCUACUUCUCCUCGUCUAACCUGCGACGUUCGCACUCACAACCAAAGUUCGUCACAAAACAAGCGAGCUUCCACUCUACUCCCGCCCCUAGCCAUAUCAGCGAUGUUUUCGCGGACGCGAAGGUGUAUCCCGACUCAGCACCGUCUUCUGCCCCCUCAUCUCCCAGGACCAUUCACGCCGAGUCUACCGACCUCUCUUGCUCCUCAACACCGGCCAGCAAUGUCUCCAUUGCAUCCGACUGCGACGACACGUUAGAACUCGCAGUGCACGCCAACGACCACUUUGUCAUCCCUCACUAUGGAGAGUCUGGCUACUUUGACCAGGUUGAAGACCUUGAAGCACCAACAAGUCCCCGGACUGGAGACUCGUACACUGUCUCACCUGUCGACAACGACACCGAAGGAAACACAUCAAGGCCCAACACACCAGAGUUCAUUUUGGAUGUAGAACAUGCUGAAGACGAUACCGCUGUUCGAGCACAACCCUCGCGUCACGUUGACUAUCUCUCGCACAACUGGAAAGAGGAGGAUAUCUGGUCAUCAUGGAAGUUCAUUGUGUCCCGGAGAUCCGAAUACAGCAACGCGGCUCGCUUAGAAAACGCAUCUUGGAGGACCUGGAUGAAGGCGAAGAACCACCUGAAAACCGUCUCCCCCGAGACCCUGAACUGGCUCAAGGACUGUGAUGUCACCUGGCUCUAUGGACCCUUGCAGACGGGUCCAAACACUUUGAACCCCAUCACCACCGACCCCAACAGUGCUAGGCUUACCAAGAACAACUCGUUUGUCAACAAGAAGCCAAUCCUCAAGAAGAGGAGUAUGUCGGAAGUCAUGCUGCAGAGGUCGUUAUCCGCGUCCUCUCUGCUAAAGCAGGCUGCCGCGGCAGUCCAGGCUCAAGAAAAGGACGGACGCAGACGUCUUGCCCGACCAACACUGGAGCGAGCCACCACAGACUACGUCACGUUUCCAUUUUCAUCGAGGAGGCUGAGCCGUGAGAGCUCCAACCUGUGCCCGUCAAGUACAUCAUCCGGCAUCAUCUCGCCGUGCAGUGAAAAGAAGCACAUUCAUUUCAACGAGCAGGUGUCUCAAUGUAUCGCAGUUGACAUCAAGGGCGAAGAUGACGAUGAUGACGCCGACACCGAGCGCUACGACAACAGCGAUUCUGACGAAGGAGCUAUCAUGAUGAAGAGAUCACGAACAAAGAAGAAGGCACCCUUGCUCAGAAGGAAGUCGUCCAAGGCUGCCGCGGCUGUCGAGGGCAAGACGAUUGCGAUGUUGCCAUCAACCACUCUCAAGUACCGCGAAGAUACUCCCGAGCCACAAGAAACAGCAAUGAAGCACAGCACAUCGUACAGAAGCCCCAUCAUGUCACCAUCCUCUUCCCAAGAAACCCUUCGACCCUCCAAGGGCUCCGGCAAGUUUUUCUUCGACGAUGAUGACGAUGAAGAGGAGGAGGCCGUUUCCAUGGGUUGGCAGUCACCGACAAAAACCGACGACAAGUCUACAGGCUUACAACGAUCAUCGUCCACCAACAGUCUGAACGCCGAACCAGCUGGCAUGCGUCGGACCUCGUCAGGUAUGUUCAUGCCAUAUGAAGAGGGGGAAUCAUCUUCCAACGAAGGAAUCAUCGGCCGGGUCAUUGAUACAGUUAAUACAGCCCGGGAUAUUGCUCAUGUCAUUUGGAAUGUGGGCUGGAGGAAGUAAAGAGCUCAGUCAAGAUGGUUGGGAGCUCGGAUUUUUCUUGCUCGACUCCAGCGAAACUCAAUCGGCACGUCGUUCUUGGUAGUCGGUGUACGAUACGGAGAACAGCAGACGCAUCUAUCCCCAUGCAUCUGCGAGAAGUUUGUGGGAUUUCAUCUCUUGAAGCAUUCACGAGGAUGUAAUCAGGUCAACGCAAAUGGCCCAAGGACGAUUUUGGUCUAAUCACAUCAUCACACACGGGGAGCAUCAUCAUGCAGCGAGUCGACGGCUCCAUCACAUUUGGUCGCGAGUCCCAUAAGGAAUGACACAUGGUGGGAUACCGGCGCUUAGGCCUGCGAAUCAUGGUAAUGGAAUGGUCAAUGCCCUCACUAUCAUGGCAACAAGGAAUGUUGCGUGGGGGUUUAAUGACGAUACACGGAAUAUGCUUGUAACAAUCAUUUUUGGGGAAAUAUUGGGUACCAGUUGGUCUUCACCAACAAGGCCUGGCACGCGAAUUGGGUCCAGGUAUUGGGUUUCAGCAAUGGCGCAAUGGGGGAAAGAUGGACGGGAAACAAAAGAAAAUGGCUCGUUUCACAAUAAGAGUUGGCUGGGUCUCAUCAGAGUGGUGCAGUCGGGUUAGGCGUGCUUCUGGCACUCGUAACUUGCGCCGUGGGAAGAGGUGGAAUUUUGGGGGCCGCGGUAUAGCUCCGAACUUGACGUCGAGUCCGCAAUGCUGGUCUUGUCCAUAUCGGGCUCGGCGUGCCUUGCGUGGAGAUGUCGAGCAUUCUUGGCGGCUUCGGCUUGCAGGAAGCAAAACCCCCCAAUAGGUAUCAAGGGAUGAUGCAGCGGGAAAGUGGCGUACAAUCGUGUAUCACCGAUUGGAAACGAAACACACCUGGAUGAGACCCGGACCCAAUGUAUAUAGAAAGGUGGGAAAAGGCUCGAGCAAAUGAACUCGCCGUGGCAAAGGUGCCAAAAUUCA